UCUACGAUUGACACGCGAUCUUUGUGACGUCGACCCACUGUCGAAGCGUUGCCUGUCAGACUAACAACAGGGUCCAAUAAACUACUUCACGCCGUACCCGCCUUUAUGGUCUUAAUCCCUCUUCCUGCUUCCGAGGGCAUGUGUUAACAUGGCGGCAAAGGAGACUGUAAAAAGUCCCCAAAAAGAAGUUGAAGCCAUUGUGAACCGUUGGUUGGUGGAGUAUUAUUAUUCCUGUUUAAUAGAGCUGUUUAAAAAGGACCAGUACGAUGACUUCUGCGGCGUUAGAUGUAUCGUUGAAGGUGUGUUGGCCCGUCCUUUACAGACCACUGAUGUCAUGCCAACGAAGCUCAGAAUACUGCAGUUUCUCUCACGGAUAAAUGAAGGGGAAAAACUUGACUUGAUGUUUGAUACUGACCAGUCAGCAACUCCUCUGGAAUCAGCCUUAGCCAUUCUGGAAGUUAUGAAUGAAGAAAACAUUGUUUCAACACAGGAUUUCAAGAAGGUCAGCACUUCACUGAAAGAGAUGAUUGUAGGGAUUCUCAUUAAAAAUGAAGAGUUUGACAAAGCAAAAGAGGUGCUGACCAAUCACUUCCCCAAAAAAAUGGUUGGCAAGAAAGCCAUUUUCACGGGCCUCAUCAGACAGAAGAGUAAAACACAUGAAGUCAUUGAGAAACUUGACUACAAACAGUUCCGGGGAGAGAUGGUGGCCUUUUGUGAAAGACUCUGUCCAACAAGUGUUCCCUUUCUCCAACAGGCUGCAAAUCGGCUUGUUAAUGAAAGGAAGGAAAAAGAAGACGACAAGGCAUCGAGUAUCACUGAACAAGAUGAACCUGGGCCAUCCUCACCUCAUCCUACAAACAUCAUCGAGCUUGUUCCAUGUAAACACACGAUCAUCCUGAAGACGAGGCUUGAGGCAGCCUACUUGGCUUUGUCUGUAGGUUCAGAUGAGAGGACGUUUGCUCAGCUGGAGGAAGAGGUGCAAAGAGAGACAAAUUCAGAGUGUCUCUCCCUCAACCCCUCAUGUUCUCCAGAGAGGAGCUCCAGUCAAGACUCGGAGCAGAAUCAACUGUUUCAGAGAGACUCAGGCAGCCCAAUGGAGGGAUCCCCAGCAGACCAGCCCCCACAGGUAGACUCCUUAUCUCAACCACCAGCAGGUUCACUGUCAAAGACACCUGAAGUGACAAGGAACAGGCGGUUGCCUUAUAAUCUGGCACGGCUAGUGGUCGAGCCAGACAGCCAGGGGAGCUCACAAAGUACAUCAGCUCUUCAGGACCUGCAGGUUGAGUUAAGAACAGAAGAGCCAUCACAGUCAGCAGCUAGCAGCAAUCAAGAAAAUGGCAACAGAGCCUCAACAAGUUUGGCGGAGUCAUCGGCUGAAAUUGUGGAUUACUCCCCUGAUGAAGUCCAUGACAGGGCAAACAGAUCACAACACAGUCACUCCAAGACGUUUAAGAGGAUUUCAUCAGAUUUGGAAGAAGAAGAUAUACAGGAUUUGUCAUCACCUUUUAAAACACCUCAUAAAGGACCAGCCAGGGAUCCUCAGAGCAAGGAUCAAGGGAAAGGAAGUGUCAUCCACAUCGCGGACACUUCAUUGGACAGCUCACCCAGUCUGUUUCCUCUUCAUCCCAUCCCUCAAACAAGCUCCACCCCUCAGAGGGACGAAGGACCUGCCAGCAAAAAAUGGAAAAAACUGUACCAUAAUGCAAAGGAGAGUAAGGAAACAUGGAGCGAUGAGGAGUCGUACUUCAACACAAAAACAAAAAGCAAACCACAAGAUGUGAGCACUGUUUCAAGUUCUGGCCAGAGGAAGAGGAUGUGGACUGAUGUCGAGACACAGAAGUUAAGAGAAGGAGUCAAAAAGUUUGGAGAGGGCAACUGGAGUAAAAUCAAGGAUUACUUUGGUUUCAAGGAAAGAACAAACGUCCAGCUGAAGGACAGAUGGAGAACAAUGAAGAAGUUGCACAUGGUUUAAGUGGUUCAAAUGUGUGAACAAGUUUUGCUUAUGGACUUAAGACUGCAUAUUUCUAUUUGUAUAUAUUUUCCAAGUCCACUAUAAUUUGAAUUUUGAGAAAUGCUAAUGGUUAAAUUUGCAGGAUUAGUAGUCCCUGUGUUCUAAAUAAAACUGCAGUGUUUCCAAA